AUGAGUUCAUUGAGUUUACUUGUAAUUUUAUUAUUUAGUCUUGUAGUUUUAUCAACAUCACAAGACGAGGAUAUCAUUUAUUUCCAAUCUAUCAAUUCGACAGAUGCUAAGAUUCCAAUUAUUUUUACCGCCUUUGGUCAAACGAUAAAACUUAAAUUACUGAGGAAUGAUAAAUUAUUGGCUCCAGAUUUUAAAGUUUGGCGGCACAGUGAUCCUAAUACUGUGGAAGAAAUAGUAGAAUUAAAUAAACCAUAUUCGUGUCAUUAUAUUCAUGAAGAUGAGUUGAUUACUGCGGCAAUAAGUUUGUGCGAAGAAGGAGUACAGGGUCUUGUGAUAUUGAAAAAUAUAACUCUUGAAAUAACGCCAUUGGAUAAAAAUGAACAAUUGAUUUUUGAAGAUAUUCGUUUUGAUGAAGAAAUGCCUCAUAUUGUUAAGAGAACUCAUGUAUCAUUUUUUUCUCCAUCAUCUUCUUUUGAUAAUUUAAAUUCAGGCUUCAAAAAGUAUCCGUUUAGGAAUUCAAUUCAAAAUAUAAUUGAAGAAAGACCUCGAAGAAAACAAACAGAUGAAUUAACAGUAGAGCUGGCAGUUUUUUUUGAUGAACCGGGCUAUAAAUUAUUCUCUCCUUACUUCGAUUACAGUGAAAAAAAAAUUCGGGAUAUGUUAUUGGCUUAUAUUAAUGCAGUACAAGCUCUUUUUUAUCAUCCUAGUCUUGGUACAAGAAUAAAUAUUGUGUUAAUACGUCUAGACAUGAUGAAACAUCAGCCAAAUGAUUUACCCCAUUACAAUGGGGAAAGAUUGAAAUUAUUAAAUUCAUUUUGUAAUUAUACAGCUGCUAAAAAUCCCAAAGAUGAUAGUGAUCCCAAUCAUUGGGAUAUUGGACUUUAUGUAUCGGGAUUAGAUUUUUAUGCAUAUGAAAAUGGUGAAAAAAAUAGCGUGACAAUGGGUCUUGCAACUGUCUCUGGAGCAUGUUUGGAUUCAUAUGCGUGUGUUAUUGCUGAAUUUGGAGUCACUAAUAGAUUUGGUAAACCAUAUCCAUCUGCUGGUUUUACAUCAGUUUACAUUACAGCUCAUGAAAUAGGUCACAACUUAGGAAUGCAUCAUGAUUCAACAGGUAACUCUUGUUCUCGUGAUGGCUACAUCAUGUCACCAAGCCGUGGUACACAAGGAGAAACAAUUUGGUCUUCAUGCAGCCGAGAAGUAGCUCUUGAUUUACCACGAACAAAACCCUGUCUUCUUGAUAAAAAUUUAAAUAAAUUUGACAAAACUUUAGAUCAUUCCAAAUUUCUUACAUUACCCGGACGUACUUGGACUGCUAAAAGACAGUGUGAAUUAUUAUUAAGAGAUAAAGAUGCUGAUGCUGUUUCACUGACAAAUGCUUGUCAGUCAUUGUCAUGUAAAAGUCCACAUCGCAGUGGUUAUUACUUUGCUGGUCCAGCAUUAGAGGGAACAGUUUGUGAACAGGGUAAAGAAUGCCGUGGUGGUGAAUGUUUACCAUCUUUGCAUUUUUUAAAACCACUUUCUGGAGCUAAAGGCAAUGGUGGUUGGAGUAAAUGGAAAGAAUUCUCUUGUGUCAGUGGCUGUAUUAAAAAGUCUAAAGGAUCAAAAAUAAGACGUAGAGUUUGUAAUAAUAAUCAAGAUACAAAAGAACAAUUUAAUGAAGACUGUAAAGGUCCUUCUUACGAUGUAAUGAUUUGUAACGAUGAAAAAUUAUGUAAGAAACGUAUUACCAUCGAAGAGUUUGCAACAAUUAAGUGUAAAGAAUUUAGCGAGCAUUUACCAGAAUUAGAUAAAGAUGGUACUGGUUUACAAGCUCCUCAUGAAAUAGGAAGACCCUGGAUGUCAUGUGCUAUUUUCUGCCGACGAAAAGAUAUUGCCUCUUAUUAUACACCACGUAUUGAAUUAAAUGAUCUUGGUGUGGAUCCAUAUUUCCCUGACGGUACAUGGUGUCACCAUGAAAAUAAUCAAGAUUAUUUUUGUCUUCAACAUCAUUGUUUGCCCAGUGAUUUUAGAUUUGCUAAAGACGCUUUGAGACGAAAUGUUACUAAUUUCAAUAACUUGGGACCGCAAAAUGCACGACCUGAUAACUAUAAAAUUCCGGAUGAAUUAAUUAAGUAUCUGAGUUUGGGUAUUGACGGUUUACCAUUGUCUAAAAACUUUCCAACUAAUAUUACAACUAAUGACAAUGAAUGGAUAGAUAAUGAUUAUAUUGAAUUGCCGUAUGAUUUAGACCUAAAAUAAUUCAAGAAUUCCAUGAGUUGGUCCAUUGUAUGAAAUUUCCAUGCUGAUAAUUUUAGUAUUUAAUUUUUUACAAUUGAUGUUUUAUAUUAUUGUGUGAUUUUAAUAACGUCAGUUCUGAGAUAAAAUGAGGGAGCUCAAAAAUUGUAAUAUUCGUAAUUAUUACAAGAUUUAAUUAAAAUUACGGCUCUCCCUGAUUUUAUCUCAGAAAGGACGUCUCGGACAAAAACAAAUCUCAUGUACAAUAUGAGUUCGAAAUAUCUAAUAUUUUUACAUGGAUAUAUUUUUUGACUGAUAUGUUUGAGGCUGAGAUGUAAAGAGGGGUGACCAAUUUACCAAUUUUUUGUUUAUCCUUCAUAACUGCAUGUACAUUCAUUUUGUUUGAUAUACAAUCUGACAUUUUAAGUUACUUGAUAAAGUCUUAAUAAAUAAAAAAUAAAACGUCAUUGAU